CUUACAAUUAUCACAAAAUCAAGAGUUCUUACAAUUAUCACAAAAUCAAGAAAUAGUUAUAUUUUACUAUAUUGUUUCAAACAAGAAAAUAAAAAUGGGAUCAAAGGCAUUUAUGGUUCUAGGCAUUGUUUUGGCUAUUUUACUUGUGAUAACCUCAGAGGUUGCAGCUAGGGAUUUGCCUCAGAGCUCCACCACUUCUCAGGACGACGGACCGGGAAAUGAGUUAAAUGACGCCAAAUUUCUAGAUGUAGUUCUUCCAAGACAAAGAGGAGUCGGACUUCCAGGACUAGGAGGACCGGGACUUCCAGGAGGAAUGGGAGGAGGUGGUUUUGGAGGAGGAUUUGGUGGUAGCCGUGGUGGUGGAUAUGGUGGUUAUCCAAGAGGAGGAUAUGAUGGAUAUUAUCCUGGUGGUGGUUAUGGAGGAUAUCGUGGAGGUGGUUGGUAUGGAGGAUGGCCUCUCAACUAAUUGAUUAUUACUAAGGAAUAUAUAUAUGAAGAAUAUUCAUGGUGGCUAUUUAUAUUUCAGUAUUGUGUGUAGUAGAAGGUAUAAUUUUGUUGUUGGAAGUCGGAAUAAAUGUAUAAUAAAUCUCCAUUCAUUUACUAUGAAUGGAUGGUUAUAUGUUAUCAUGUCAUGUUUCUUUAUGUAAUGAUAUAGUAUGCAUCCGUUUUCGUUUACAUGUAAUUGUCAUUCAAAUAGUUAAGCGAAAUUCUAAUAAAGUUAUAUAUUUCCUUUGUAUUUAA